AGUCACUAGUGCGCUCAACGCAGAUACAACAGGACCUCUGGUUUGAGCAAAGAAGGAUCCGGCAAAGAAACAGAACGAAAACACGAUAUAAGGUCUUAUUUUCUGGGCUAAGCGUACAGAACUGCAACUGCUGUGCUGCUUGAUUGUUUGCUGAAUUAAAUUCCUCGAAGUUGGCAGAGAAAGAUAAUUUCCUUUUCAGUCAUCAAACAGGACUCCCUGAGCUCCACCUAGUAUUUUGCUGAGGGACUCUACAUCUGUUCCCAUGGAGCUGAUUUACACAAUAUGAUAUGAGCUGUUGCCUUUGAUUGGAAGCACUAGAACCAGACAAUUAAAAGGGAAGACACCAAGGUGCUUUCCAAAUUUAAGAGUGAUUCCUCAUUGCUGCCUUCUUGUCUACUCAGUCACCAUGUCUCAGAAGAAUCCAGAAUAUGCAGCUGACCACGACCAUACCCGUGAAGAGAUGCAGAACCUACAGGUUGCACCAGCCUCCAGCGAUGUUGAGGAGCCAUGUUCCUCAUCUCAUCUUAUGGCUAGUAGUCUGAAGGGCCAUACCAGUGAAGAGACCCAGGUCCCUGAGGAUAUGGAAGAACCAUGUUCCUCCUCUCAACUUCUUACUGCUAGCAACCAGGAAGAUCCUGCAUAUGAGACACCCAGUACUUCUAGGGGUCUUCAGCAUCCCUAUGUCUCUUCAAGUGAGUCUGCCAAGGGUCUUGGUAACAAAGAAAUGCAGGGUAACUCAGUCAUUCCACCAGAUCAGCCAGAUUUACCUGUGAUGACCAUAGAUGGGAAAGUUAAUUUCUUGGUGAAUUAUAUGCUGUACAAAUAUCAGGUGAAAGAGAUGAUGAGCAUGAACGAUAUAAUGACACUCAUUGUCAGAGAAGAUGAACAUCAUUUUCAUGAAAUCCUCAUGAGAGCUUCUGAGCGCAUGGAAAUGGUCUUUGGGCUUGAAGUGAGGGAAGUAGAUCCUGUCAACCAUUUCUAUGCUCUCUUUAUCAAAUUAGGUCUCACCUAUGAUGGGAUGAGAGCUGAUGAGUAUAGCUUUCCUAAGACUGGUCUCCUGAUACUCAUCCUGGGUGUAGUCUUCAUGAAGGGCAACCGUGCAACUGAAGAGGAGAUUUGGGAAGUGUUAAAUCCAAUGGGAAUCUAUGCUGGAAUGAAUCAUUUCAUCUUUGGGGACCCCAGAGAGCUGCUAACUGAUGACUUUGUGAGGGAGCAAUACCUGGCAUACCAGCCAAUAGCCAAUAGUGAUCCCAUACAGUAUGAAUAUGUGUGGGGGCCACGGGCUAAAGCUGAAACUAGUAAGAUGAAAGUGUUAGAGUUUGUGGCCAAGGUUCAUGGGUCAGACCCUACUGUGUUCCCUUCUCAGUAUGAAGAGGCUCUGAUAGAAGAAGAAGAGAGAACCCUUGCCAUGAUUUUAGAACAAGCUGGCCCGAGUUCUGCUUCUGGUGAAAGUUCUAGUGACAUGGGCAGCAAUGUCCCUCACAUCUAGUACAAUAAGAGAUAGAUUACUUCUGUAUAGUUUGCACAGAAUUUUUAGAGUUAAAGUAGAUAUUUAGAGAAGGGAGAGUCUUAUCUGCAUAGUUCUAAUUUGUAUAAGUACCAUGCUAUUUUUCUUUCAUUGUUUACCCUUUAUAUUUGAAUGUAAUUGCACUUAAAAGCAUUGUUGUUUAGUCUCAAAAUCUCCACUUAAUUCCAUUCAUAAAUUAAUAAUAAGAGCUUUGUCAUGACAUAAAACUAAUUGGGAAAUGAUACCAUCUAUCUGCGCAUUAUCUAGAGUAGUAAAAUAUGUAUUUUCUAAGAUUCUAAAUUUUAAACAACUUUGUUCUAAUUAUGUUCUUUGUACCUUUCCGUUUUUAGUAAAAUUUCAUGCUUUAUGUGGAGUUGUUUACUUUAUAGUUGCCAAGGCUAAUAAAAUUCAAGAAACUUUA